GCGUCGACGAUGGCACACCGCCUCCUUGUGCUUGUGCUGCCCAGCCUCGUGGUCGCCGCGCCGUGCUCGACGCAAGACAUGUUUGCAGUGCUUGGCGUGGCCAUGCAGCCGGCAUGGGCCAACUGCACGGACGCGCUGCGCUUACCGGUGAGCACGCUCUCGGAGCUCGUCCAGUUCAAGACUUCGAGCCAGCUCACGCAGCUCUGUGCAGCGCCGACAUGCGUCGCCAACAUUGACGAUGUGUACAAGAACAUGCCCAACUGCGUGACCUCGGAUGGGCUCAACUUGCACGACGCGACCGAGCGUACAUCGCAAAUCAUCUGCGGCACGCUCCCGGCGUCGUUGACGACGAACGACGGAAGUGCUUGCUCGUCCGUCGAUCGCACGCUCAUCUCGUUCCUCAUGGGCCAAAAGCCCGUGCCGAGUGCGUGCCUCGAAGCGCUUGGCGGCAACGCGACGACGCUGACAGCGAUUUUGCCCUCCACGCAGGCCGACCGCGUGUGCGCGCUGCCCGCUUGCACAUCGUUUAUCAAAGCCACGUACAAGCAGCUGCCCCAGUGCGUUUUGCCGGACGGGUCCAAGCCCAAGGACAUGAUCGAAGCCGCGCUCAGUACGGUGUGCCACACCACGCCACAAUCCGUGGCCCGCCCCGCCUUUCUCUGUGUCGUCACCUUGCUCUUCGCACUGCUCGUGCACGCUUAGC